UCUGGAGAAUGAAACGCCACCCGGAAUCGGCAGUUUUAAGCAUUCCAAUCUGUUCGACAUCGGUUAUCAUCUGUCCUAGAAUAAACUAGAACUAGCCAGCGUACCUAACCAACGCCCCCUGUAAGUGGGGGUGUGAACGGGGCGGCGCACGAGCGCUCCGAGAAAUUCAAAAGUGCGCACGGGCUGAGCGGACAGAGAAAAAGCGAGCGGUCGGGCGCGUUAAGAAGACUGGAGAGAGAAGGGGGGGUCUAGUCUAAGGAUGCGCUGUUCGCGAUGAUUUUUAUUUUCCCAAAGCUUGACUGGCUCAUCUGCAGGAGGACACGCGGGCAGACCUCCAAGGUGUGACGCUGCCUCCCAGCUUAUGUCUUCAUAAGAUUUCUGCUGCUGGCUGACUGAAGUCACAAACCUUGCCAAGUGUGCCACCAUGACUGUCACCUACACGGCCAGGGUAGCCAAUGCCCGCUUCCUGGGCUUCUCCAAGUUGCUCUUGGCAUGGAAGGGCAGCAUCUACAAGCUGCUCUACAAGGAGUUCCUGGCAUUCUUCUUCACCUACGUGGCCCUGAGCAUCAGCUACAGGUUCUUCCUGACUGAUGACCAGAAGCGGUACUUCGAGAAGGUGGCCAUCUACUGCGACCACUAUGCCAACCUGAUCCCUAUGUCUUUUGUUCUUGGUUUCUAUGUCACCCUGGUGGUGAACCGUUGGUGGAACCAGUACACCUCCAUCCCGAUGCCAGACCGCCUGAUGUGCGUCAUCUCGGGCACCGUGCACGGCGGGGAUGAGCGGGGCCGCCUCCUGAGGCGCACACUGACGCGCUACGCCAGCCUGUCGGCUCUCCUCAUCCUGCGCUCGGUCAGCACGGCGGUCUUCAAGCGCUUCCCCACCAUGGACCACGUCGUCGAGGCGGGGUUCAUGACCAGAGAUGAACGCAAGAAAUACGAGGGUCUGCGCUCUUCUCACAACAAGUACUGGAUACCCUGUGUGUGGUUCACCAAUUUGGCAUCCAUCGCUCGCAAGGAGGGCAGAAUCCGAGAUGACCAGGCGCUCAAGCUGGUGCUGGAGGAGCUCAACGUCUUCCGUGGGAACUGCAGCAUGCUCUUUCACUACGACUGGAUCAGCGUUCCUCUCGUCUACACGCAGGUGGUCACCAUUGCCGUCUACAGCUUCUUCUUCGCCUGUCUCAUCGGAAGGCAGUUUCUCGAUCCCACCCGGGGCUACCCGGGCCACGACCUCGACCUUUACGUUCCUGUGUUCACCCUGCUGCAGUUCUUCUUCUACGCUGGCUGGCUCAAGGUGGCAGAGCAGCUGAUCAACCCCUUUGGAGAAGAUGAUGACGACUUUGAGAUCAAUCGCCUCAUCGAUCGAAACUUCCAGGUCUCCAUGAUGGCCGUGGACGAGAUGUACGACGACCUGCCGCUCAUCGAGAAAGACCGCUACUGGAACGACUCGAACCCGAGGCCACCCUACACGGCCGCCACCGUUUUCGUCCUGCAGAAGCCCUCAUUCCAGGGUUCCACCUUUGACAUGACAAUUCCAAAGGAGGAGAUGCACUUUCAGCCGCUGGAGGACAUCGACGAGAACAUGGAGGACCAGGACUGCAGCGAUGUGCCCGGGCUCCACCACAACCUGCCGCUUUUCAAUCGCCUCCUGAGUGCCGCCCCGUCGCCCGCCACCCUCAGCAGUGCCCUGAGCCGCACAACCGCCCGCCGCCUACAGCUCCUCAAGCGGCACCCCAGCUCCGGCUCCGAGGGGGGCUCCAUGUACUCGUGCCUUUGCCAGGACACCCAAAGCACCGUUUGCAGCUGUGGUGCCUACAGCCAGCACCCGCCAAUCAACACCAUUAAAUUCGUGCGAACGGACAGCGAGACCCAGGAUGGCGAGCCGGCCUCGGAUGGGCAUGUCCCCAGCAGUGCCGUCAAUGGGCAGGAUGGCAAGGUGGCGACGGUUGAGCCUACCGGUGAGGAGGAAGGCCACCAACUGAUGCGCUCGCCAGUGGAGAAGCUGGAAAGUGAGCUGCUGCGGGUGCCCGUCAAUGGCGAGAAGCCGGGCUUGGCUGUGACACUGAUCGAAAGCUUUGCCCAGCCAGUUGCCCACCACGAUGGCUCCGUUCAGGACUUCUUGGCUUUCCAGAAUCAGCAGAACCAGCUGGCGAGCAGGAGGGAUGCAGUUGUGGCCCAGCAGGAGAAGCUCCUCCAAGCCAGUGAGACUCUGCUGUCGUUCGCCCCUAGUGGUGGACUUUAUAAUGUGCAGGAACAGCCGCCACCACCAACGCUGGCACCAGCGCCACCCCCUCAGUGGACAACUCUGGACAAGAGCAGCCUGCGCCUCCGCAGUGUCAGCAUGGGCUCCGACUUCAGCAUCACGCUGCCGGUUUGUGAUGGACACUUCUGCCCCCUGGAGGCAGACAAUGGCAUUUAUUAGCCGGAGGGGGUGGAAGGCCUGGUUUUGUUCUGGUGUGGCAUCCCACCUUUUAAAUGGACUCGGAUCUACCAAGUGGAUGAACGGAGUAUCAGUGGGGGUCUGUGUGGCUUGGAGGGAAGUCGCUGUAGUUUAUAGAUUUUCCUCCGGACCCCUGAAAACCCCUUUUUACAUGGAUCAGGGCUUGGGGGGGUCUUGGGUUGGGUCUGUCCUCGUACACCACACCAAGAAGAAGGACUUUUUAAAGGAUAGAGGUGAUGGUGCGGCCACGGACUGUCCUGCUGGCUUUCGGGACACUACAUGGCGGGCUCCUCUUUAACGGGCCACAAAGAAGCAGAUUUUAAUUUAACGUGAACUGGUCGGCUUGAAGACCCUAAAUGAACAAGGUGGGUUUUUAGCUAUAAAAUGACUGCAAUUCCUAACACAAACUGUAGAUGGUGCUAUACUGCUGGUCCUGGCAGCUUUUACAGCCUGAAGGGGGCACCAGAGCCCGCCUGCCAUUGGGGGUUUUCUUUGAGUACUGAAGGAGAAUUUU